CCGCUCUUCCAGGGCCUGCAGAACAUAAAGUGGCUUCGUCUCAGCCGUAACUCCCUGAACAACUUGGCCCCCGAGGCGUUCACCGGCCUGUUCACGCUCAGCCGCCUCAGCCUGGACCACAACGAGCUGCAGUUCUUCCCCACGCAGACCAUGAGCAGACUCCCUGAGGUCACGCGUCUGGACAUGAGCCAUAACCCCAUGACCUACCUGGGUGAAGAGUCCGUCUCCAUGGUGAAGCUCACUCACCUGUACCUGGACCACAUGUCCCUGCAGGACCUUUCUGAUCAGGCUCUGUCCCGGGCCCCCCUCCUCUCUCACCUGGACCUCAGCCACAACCAGCUGCGGUACCUGGAGCCCCUGAAGGGUCCGUAUGAGCUGAAAAGCCUCAACCUGACAGGCAACCCCUUGUAUUGUAACUGCUUCAUGCGGCCCCUGAGGGAGUGGGCGAGGGUCCGUAAUGUGAAGCUGCUGGGGGCCUGUGUGGGGCCCCCCCACCUCUCACAGGAGCCCCUGCAGAGCGUGGCUCCUCUGGAUCUGCGCUGCCGCAGCCGGGGGGAAGUUCUGAAGGAGGAGUUUGAGUUGGAGCCCACAGAGAGCGCCCCCCCCACAGCGAAGCCCAAACAGAAAGGGAAGUGUCCGGAGAACUGCGACUGCGAUGUUGAAGCUCAGCACGCCACCUGUGAGGAUCGGGGUCACACCAAAGUCCCGCGAGGUUUCCCUGCCAAGACGCAGAUGCUCGACCUCCGCAGUAACCACUUCCACCACCUCCCUGCCAACAGCUUCCCCGGCACCAGCCAGGUGGUUUCUCUUCAUCUGGAGUUCUGCAAAAUCCACGAAAUCGAGGGCGGGGCCUUUCGGGGAAUGAAGAGCCUGUUUUAUUUGUAUCUUUCGGAAAACGACAUCACGUCUUUGGACCCUGGAGCGUUCUCUGGAGCCCCAAAGCUCAACUACCUUCACCUGGAAGGGAACCGACUGCUACAAUUUCCAGGAUCAGCUCUGGCUCUCUUACCAAGUCUGUUCGUGUUACACCUGGAGAGAAAUGCCAUCUCCAAACUAGAACCCGCUGGUUUGCUGUCCUCGAAAACCCCUAAACUCAGAGAGCUUUACUUGACCAACAACACCAUAACUUCAGUUGCAAAGGGUUCUCUGGACUCUGCUUUCCUCGGUACACUUCACCUGGAUUCAAACCAGCUGAAGGAGAUUCCUACCCACGCUCUGUCCCAGGCCACGAACCUAGAGGAGCUCAACCUGUCGCAGAAUUCAAUCCGCUACGUGGGACCAAAUGCUUUCCAGUCCAUAUCUCAAAGUCUGAAGAGGCUCUACAUGGAUCAGAUGGGCGUGGAGAAGAUGUCCCUGGACGCUCUGAGAGGGCUCGGUCCGGGGCUGAAGGCUCUGACUGUGAGAGGGAACCAGCUGACGGAGCUUCCUGACCUGAGCCCCCUCACCGGCCUGGAGGUGGUCGACCUCAAGGAAAACCCCCUGCUGUGCGACUGUGCUCUGCUGCCACUACGAAGGUGGAUGGAAAAGCUUAAGUUUGAGGUGAUCGCGACCUGUGGGCAGCCUCUUGAGAUAAGAGGUCAGAAGGUCAGGGACCUUUCUGUGUUCAAGUCCUGCACAGAAAGCGUAUCUCCUCCAGAUGAGAAGGUUGUUACGGCCCCCAGACUACCAAAACUCAAGAAACCCAAAGCCAGUGUCUCAAAGGUCUCUGGAGUCAAAGCUAGACCUGCAAAACCAAAAGCCAAACUACCAAAACCCACCAAGAAAAAACCUCAAAGGAAACCUGUGGCACCAAAAGUGACAAAGAACCAGAAGAUACUGUAA